GGAUACAUUAUACAAUCUAUGAUCUACUUUAUCUUCUUCAAACCUUAGAUAUAUUAUAUGUUAACUGUUGUAGGAUGGGAUGAAAAAAAGAAACUUAUAAUUAAAAAAAUAUUUGAUAUUAUUAUUUCCUUUUGUGUUUUGAACACUUCCUACUUAGAAACUUCUAAAUUCUGUACAAAUCUUUUUAAUUGUGAAUACUUUAUGACAAGAAUCAUCAUUUGAUUUGUUUGGCCCUUAUCGCGCCAAGAAUCUACUCAAUUUUCUACUCAAUCCGCCACAAGUAAUAAUUCAGAUACAAAGAAAUAUUAUUAUUAAAAAAAAAUGUAUAAAGAACUGAAACAUUUUCAAAUAAUUUUGUCCUUAAAUCUUCAUUUAUGACGCCGAUGACUCUAAAUAUAAAACCUCUUGAAAUAAAUUAACUUGAUACCACCGGCACAGAUAACAAAUCUAUAUUAGAGGUCUAAUGCUAUUUAUAUUUACAAAUACACAUUGGAACUUCAAUAUCGCGUUAGUAAUAUCUGUAAACGAUACAACGACCACACGGUCGCGCAAGGCCGUGGUACCUGGCACCAACCGCGCUAUCACGUAGCCAGCUAAUUGAUAAAGCGUUCUGCUUAGUAUACUCUACUUGUAGUGAAAACUGCUUACGACAAUAAAUGAGAAAACAUUUAUUUAAGUCACCGAUUACAAGAUUCUGUAAAUCAACUUUUAUUCUGAUCUUUUAAAAUCCUAUCACGAAUAUCUUAAAUGGAUCUACCUACUGUCUGUGCGUAAAAGAACAAUGGAGCAUUUCGUAAUACUUUCUUUGCUCGCUGUUGUAUUAGCCUUCGACACUGAUAGACGCUGCUUGCUCCAUGCCGGAAGAUGUGUAUCCCACUGCCCUAGGAACAUGUUCCCUUAUCACACGAAGUGCGACGGACAAACGAUAUCACAAAGGACCUGUGAUAAGCCCAAUGUAUACGUCCUGGGAUAUUCUUGUGGCUGGUCACGUUGUGAUUGCGGUGGCGACUUAGUUUUGGACGAGCAUACCAACAUUUGUAUGAAAUUAUUUGACUGCCCAACGCAUCCUACCAAACUGCCGAGACUAAAUUCUGUUACCGAACGCCGCCGUAGAGGACAAAACCGUUACCGCGUCUCAAAGAGAAUCAAGAUACCCAAAGAGGAUAUUAAUGAAUUGCCAUAACAUAUUUUGUUAUUAAAUUUCACAAUGUAUAUUAUUAUAUUUAUAAAUAAAUUGUUAAUAAAUAUAUUA